AUGGACAUCAAAUGUGUGAAGCUGAACCCAAGAGAAGGCUCCACAAUUCCAAGCAGUAUCUGGCUUGUGAGGAAUGCUACAAGUCGCUGGCACCCUAUGGAGAGGAACUUGACCUGUGUGGAGUUCUUCCAUGUUGUCUCUAAUACCUUGGAGAUUUCCAGCACCACCAUCAAACUGAACUGGACUUGCAAGCUCCCUGAUGCCUGCCAGGGCAUUUGGGCCAGAUGCCGUCUGGGAGAACCACCCUCCUCUUCCUGUGAGGCUAAGGAAGUGAGGGGAGAGGAGAGGCUAAGUGGCCCAAAGGGAACAUUUACCUGCCCCCCUCUGCAGCCCUUCACUGUCUACACUGUAACCAUCUAUCUGCCGCCCAGUGCAAUCUUGUACACACAGCUUCGCAGGACAAAGGAAACAGUACCAGACAAACCAGAGAAGCUGUGGCUAGAUAGCAGAACAGGGUCCCUCAGGUGGAAGGCUCUGCCCUCCUGCAAAGGGGAGAUCAUCGGAUACCAGCUGAACAUCACAGCCCAGAGAGCGGAUGAUGGCGUCUUGCUCGGAUUCAAGCAGGUGUUGGUGAACCAGUCUGUCACUUCGACAGCCUCCGGGCACUUGGCCUGGGUCAGCAGUCACAGUAGUGGUGGUGUUGCUGGUCCUGGUUCUGUUGUCUGCAGGGAUCCUGUGGUUUGUGCUGCUCAGGGUGUGGAGGAUGCAGCUGGCAUACCACAGCUCUGCUAUGGGGCUCCUGGCUGA